AUGGCCUCAAGCGCCAGAAUUCCAGUGGGAAGCAGCUCCAAGCAGGUCCACGGCAGCAGGAGGGAUGCCGCCGGUCGAUCUCGGAUCAUUGGUGCGUCCUCCGUGUCAAAUUCCAGUCGACGUGUGAACGGGAGCGUCGCCAAUGUGAACGGAGGAGCUGCCGGCCACGGCUCUGGACACUCGACUCGCGUGUAUUUGGACGGACAAGAUGUGACUCCGCAGUCCUUACUGGUGAGUCGCAUCAAGACAUCGACAGAAUCCAAAGGCAGAGGCAAAGGAGGAAGACAUGCUCGCUCCAAAGCCCACGUCGUCGGUGCUUCUACUGCUGGGGCCUCGAUGGCCGGAGCCAGUUUUCUCUUCAGCACUGCAUCGACUUCUUCGGCCGACAAUGACUCGGACAACGAGAGCUCUUCCUCUAUCGUAGGCACAGCGGGCGUGAAAGCGCCUCGAAAGGAGCCGAAACCGAGUAUCGUAGACCAUCCAACUACCAGUUCUGUGACCCCUUCAUCGAAUCAGGAAGCGGACGAAAACGCUCGAUCUGCGGCUACUGCUGGCCCGACUGACACUGAAGACCACGAACAAGGCAAGGGUGAAGCCGGCGAUCCUCUGGGGCCCGUUCAGGACGCUCCUCUACUGGCUGGUAGAAAGUCCGUGGCGGUUGCAACUGGGAUAUCCCCGGGCGUGCGCCGGCCGAUCACUGUGAGACUUGGCGAGACUGCGACGGAAACGCUUUUCGAGCUGCGCAGUGUUUGUGUGGCAAUUGAUGCACCUGAUCAUAACGCUGUCGCGGCGAGGAAUAAACGCUAUCAAGCGGUCUGCGCGCAGAAGAAAGGCAGCGACAAGUACGUUCAGGGUCGAACUCAGACUCUGCAGCUCGCACAGAAAGCAAAAGAAGUCAUGACGGCCCCGCCAGCUACGCGUGACGCUGCCUGUGUAGCCACAGACUGGGAUAUCUACGACUGUGGGAAGAUGGAGGAUGAAACUAACGCCGACGACGAGGUUGGUGGUGCCAUUCCGAUCGGAGCUUCUCAGGCUCAACCAUCGUCAAGUGAAGGACAGUCUAGAACCACAGAAGGACCGCCAGUGGCUACAGGGACAGAACCAAUUGGAGGGGGUGUUGGGGAUGUUCAGCUAAAGCAACAAGUUGAGGAGAUCGUCGGGGCCACGUUAGCCUCCCCUGGUUGUGUGCUGGAUGUGGAUGGCGACAUUGUCGAGGAUCUGCGUGCAAGGCAACAUCGCGCUUCGAGACCAAGCCGCAAGACGCAAAACAGACACGGUUAUAGCAGUACUUACAGCCAGAAGUCCCGGGUGUUCGACAGUCAACGCUCUACUGCAGUGGCGACGGCAUACGUGUCGGGGAAUUCCAACGCGUCGAUUGUUCUGGGCGACCAAAGCGGUGGCAGUAUUUCAGCUGGUGCCUCGCAAGACUUUGCGGGUUUAACAGCCGAAGGUGCAAGCUCGGGCAGUGCAGCGACCAACUCCCAAGUAGGAAUGAGCGUCGCGAACGCGUCACGUGGCGUCCUCAGUGGUGCAGUAAACGGAAGUGGCGACCAAAAAGGUAACAACGUGUACGCUCGAGCCAAUACUAACGUGGAUCUGGGCGAGAUCAUUGCUCGUCAACGAACGUCUCACGUCUUGGGCUCCUCCUCCCUCACUCUCAUGGCCAGUAUCGUGGAACGUGCCGUUCAACAGAAUGUCUAUCACGAACAACACGUCAGGUACCGAGAUUUCCCCAUGCUCGAGACGAUAGAAACAGUAGCUGAACCUCCAAAUGUGAUCGUACCAGCACUCGACAUGGGUUUCCCGGGGACUGUCGGUUCCGGACGCUCAGACUCGUUUUCAGUCGGUCCAAAAAGCAUCGAAGAACUCGAAAAGCUGUGGACUUUCAGCUGUGAGCUCACUCAAAACAGGACCGUGUCGUGUCUCGCGUGGAACACGGCGAAUGAAGAUUUACUCGCAGUUUCUUACGCUCGCAACGAUCAGUCGAUUCAACCCGAAGUUCCCGCUGCAUCUCCGUCUCCCGCCAACGGUGUUCAAACGUCCGGUACAGCUAGUAAUUCAGUGUCUCGACCUGGACAAAACUCUCAAUCUGCUGCAGCUUCUACAGCAGCCGUCGGUGCUGGAACGACGGGCACGGAACGAGACGGUUUGGUUCUCUUCUGGUCGCUGACAAAUCCUGAAUAUCCCGAGCGGAUCUACCAACUUCCUGUGGGCGUGACCUCCAUCGACUUCAGUACUGCACAUCCGUAUCUGCUUGCAGUUGGUUUUGCCGAUGGUGUCGUGUCCAUCUAUGACACUCGAAAAGACGAUUCCGUCUCCUGUAGCUCUGCUUCAGGCUCUGCAUUGUUAGGUGUGACGCCAACGCCAACAGCGAGGCACGCUCCAGUUCCGAUCGCGUCAAGUUCAGGUCAGAGCGGCAAACAUCUUGAUGCUGUAUGGCAAGUCAAGUGGGUGGCUCAUGGAGGCAGUGAAAGCGUCGUCAGUGUCUCUGCGGAUGGGCGCGUUGUCGAGUGGAGUCUCAAGAAAGGACUGAGUUACAGUGAUCUCAUGACGCUCAAACGGGCACCAAACCCACUUCUAGGAGGCCCGGGGACUGCUGCAACAGGGGUAAAUGGCGUCGGAGGGGGCACAGAUGGGGUGAUUUCACGACAGGCGAGUGGUCGGAGCCUCGCCUUUGCCAGUCAAGGAGAUCCGUCCGUUUACUAUGUGGGAACGGAGGACGGACUGGUGCACAAGUGCUCGGUAUCGUACAAUGAGCAGUACUUGCAGACGUAUAUUGGCCACACUGGCCCCGUGUAUCAACUGCUGAUAUCUCCGUUCUGUAGCGACCUCUUUCUCUCGUGCUCGGGUGACUGGAGUCUUAAGCUAUGGCAUCAAGCUGACCCUCACGGGGAAGCAACGCUCACGUUCCACUCGGUGGACCUGGCAAAGGCAGUGCUUGGAGCGUCCUGGAGUCCGAGUAACGCCGGGGUGUUCGCUGCUGUGGCUGAAGACGGUCGUAUCGAGCUCUGGGACCUCAUUCAGUCGACGCUAGACCCGGUUGUGCGUCAUUUUCCAAAGAAAUUCAUCUCUGUGCCUGUUCCUGUGACUCAACCGACUGAGGGCGAUGCGCUGGAUUCAUGUACCCGAGAUUUGACUCCCAAAGAACGCGACGAUGACGAAACCUGUCGAGACCCGAACGCAGUCGAAGUCCCAGCCACAACAAUGGUUGAAGUGCCGCUGGAGUGCACUACCGUAGCGUUUGCCCCGAAAGCCCCCGUGCUCAUUGUCGGAGACUCGACAGGAGACGUGACGGUGUACAGAGUCCCCGCUCAAGCUGCCAAAAGUGCAGCCUGCAACGGUGAAACUUCUGACACAGCGUCACAUGUCGAGGAUCAGGCUGCUCGAUUACUGCGCACAAUUCGGGUUAAUAAGCACGAAUAA